UUUCUCUCUAGGCCUCACCCUUCCUCUCAUCUACGAUUUACGACCGGAAAACGGCUCGCUGUUACUUUGAUCUGCGCGAAGAAAGCCGUCGAUCUUCUCCGACUCGAUUCACCGAUCAGCAAAGAUGAACGACGCAGAUGUCUCCAAGCAGAUCCAGCAGAUGGUGAGGUUCAUCCGCCAAGAAGCUGAGGAGAAGGCCAACGAGAUCUCUGUAUCUGCUGAGGAAGAAUUCAACAUUGAGAAGUUGCAGCUCGUCGAGGCGGAGAAGAAGAAGAUUAGGCAAGAAUAUGAGAAGAAGGAGAAGCAAGUCGACGUCCGAAAGAAGAUUGAGUACUCCAUGCAGCUCAAUGCUUCUCGUAUUAAAGUUCUUCAGGCUCAAGAUGAUGUGGUUAACUCCAUGAAGGAGGCAGCAUCCAAGGAGCUUCUGAAUGUGAGCCGAGAUCACCAUGCGUACAAAAAGCUUCUGAAAGAUCUUAUCGUUCAGAGUUUGCUUAGGCUGAAAGAGCCUGCUGUUUUGUUACGUUGCCGGAAGGACGAUCUACAUCUGGUGGAGUCUGUUCUGGAAUCAGCAGGACGGGAAUAUGCAGACAAAGCAAAGGUUCAUUCACCUGAGAUUAUAGUGGACACUACUGUCUUUCUUCCACCUGCUCCUACCCAUCAUAAUCCCCAUGUUUCUUCCUGUUCUGGAGGUGUGGUCCUGGCUUCUCGGGAUGGGAAGAUUGUGUGUGAGAACACCCUUGAUGCACGAUUGGAUGUUGUAUUCCGUAAAAAACUUCCAGAGAUCCGCAGAAAGCUCUUCGGUCAGGUUGCUGCAUAAAUGGGAUGAUGAAUUGGUUUGUGUUUUAAUUUUCCACCCUAAAUUAUGUGGCCUUGAGAUUAAGAUACCGGUCAUGGACCAGCGGAUCUGUUUUCCAAUUCGAUUGUGUAUUUCGAUUUUCUAGUUCUCUGAAUAACGUUGUUAUAUGUGGGUAAAAAUAGCUUUAGCUGUUAUUUGAUUUGGUGUUCAUAUCGUCUGGGGCAUAUUGCAAAUGUACUCAUUCUGGUUGGUAAUGAGAUGAUUUUAAUAAAAGUUUGCAGCUUGUUAGAGCAUUAUUAGGUUUUAAA